AUGGCUUCUCCUAGCGUUCUCACCUUUGACGCUAAGGGUCGGGCAGUGGACUUUGAGGUCUGGGUAGAUAAUCUCAAGCUUUUCCUGCAGUGCGAAAGGGCAGAUGGCCUCUCCCUGUUUGACCUCACUUCUGGUGCCUCCCCUGCCCCUACUGCUAAUGCUGACGCCACUGUUCGCUCACAAUGUGCCACACGUGACGCUACUGCUCGCCUUGCUGUGCGCCGCCACUUACCGACCACUGAGCGUGCACACUUUAGCCAGUACAAGAGUGCUCAGACCUUGUACGACCCUGUAGUUGCACGCUACUCUUCCCCUGCCACUACUGCACUGAGCCGCCUCAUACUACCGUACCUCUUCCCUGACCUUGCUGCCUUUCCCACUGUCGCUGACCUCAUUACGCACCUCCGCACUAGUGACACUCGCUACUGCACUGCGCUUCCUGCUGAGUUCUGCGCCAAGAACCCCCCCCUAAUGUACAUCACCCUCUACUACCUAGUCACCCGUCUCCCUGACUCUCUUCGCGUAGUCAGGGACCACUUCCUCUCUGUUUGCCCCACCACUCUCACCGUUGACCUCUUCGAGAAGGCCCUCCUAGCGAUAGAGAAGAGCAUAGUCGCUGUAGGAGCCUCUCUUGGUGACCCUCGCACCCCCGUCUUUGAGGGUCGGUCGGCGCAGCGUGUGCCCCGAGCGGGAGACGCCGCACCGGCAAGGGCAAGGGGGGCAAGGGCACUGGAGGGGGUGGAGGGGGCGGUGGAGGUGGUGGUGGAGGCAGUGGAGGGAGUGGGGGUGGUGGUGGGAGUGGUGCCGGGGGUGGAGGCCGCGACGGCAGCAGUGGAGGCGGUGGAGGUGGCGGAGGGAGCGGAGGCGGCGGAGGUAGUGGAGGAGGCGGAGGUGGAGGAGGCGGCACACGAGGCGGAGGCGGCGGCGGAGGCGGCGGCGGCGGCGGUGGCGGACGCGGCGGUGGUGGGGCGAGCCGAGGAGUGGCGCCGGUGGUGGUCAGCGCCAGCAGCAGCAGCGGAGUGGUGUGACCAUGUCCCCUAA